AUGACGACGCCACGCACUGAUGCAAAGCCGCCGCCCGACUCGCGACCUUUGAGCGCUGUCGCCGAGUUGGCGGUCAUCAUGACCGACCCGAGACGCUCCGCCAGGCCCUCGCCGCACCGGUCCUCGUCGGCCCUGGCUCCUGCGUCCCGGUCAUCAGAUGCCAACCCCGUCCGCCCUCGCAAUCGCCGUCUCCUCAGCACCGUCGACGAUGAUGACAGCACCCGUAACGACGAGCCAGGUCCCCGCGGCCGCAUCAACGACUUCAACUCCUCCUCCUCAACCCCGACCGCCAGUUACGGCCUGCUCUCGGCCUUCAGCCCCGCCAACAGCCGCUCCACGAGCCCGCUUCCGUCCGCACGCUCCGGCGACGGCCCCAAUCGCGGUGCGAACACAGCCAACUUGACAAACUUCUUCAAUGACUCGUUAUCCCAAAGCUGGGCUUCCGUUCAGGGCUUCGCUUCGUCCCUCAUCGGUGACGAUGCCCAGUCGCGCAGCGGGAGGUCUCAACCGAGCACCCGUGCUAGCUCUCGGCCGGGCACCUGGGGGAAGAGCCUCUCCGACAAUGCUUCAAGGAAGGGCCUCGGUGCCUGGGGCCCGUCCCCCCCUCACAAGAUACCCUCCAUGGGUGAUGUGGCAGCAGGCUCACAGGAAGAGAGGGAGUCUGCCCUCAAAGCUGCCAAGCGAGCGAAGGUUCUGGAGAGCCAUGAUGGUGUCAAUGGGGGGUUGGACGUCACAGGCAAGCACAAACGCCGGAAUUCUGAUGAGAUGGCUCCCGAACAGCCCCAGCUCGAAGAGUACCUUGUCUACAUCCACAAGGUUCAACCCAACGACACCUAUGCAGGGCUCAUCUUGCGGUAUCAAUGCAGGGAAGACGCUUUCAGGAAGGCCAACGGGCUCUGGUCUCGAGACAGCGUCCAGAUUCGAAAGUGGCUUACCGUCCCGGUUGAUGCUUGCGAGGUCAGAGGUCGACCCUGCGAACCACCCUCAUGGCACAACGGCCAUGGUGUCGAUCUCCUCGCGCAAACCCCUAGAGCCGACGAAACAUCGAACUCCCAAGCACCCCACGACGACUUCUUCAGCCGACCCGUGAAUGGGACCCCCACCGAGUCGAAACCUGCCGAUGGAGAGGAAAAGCCAUGGACGCAUGUCCGCUGGGUUCAAAUUGAUUCGUUCCAACAACCUGUGGAGAUCUGUCGGGUGGCCCGGAAUGCCAUGGGCUAUUUCCCUCCUCGACGGAAGAAGAGCAUACGCACCAUUUCGACCUUCUCCACACCCCGGCAGAGCUUCGACCUCUCCAGCAACCCUCCUGCGUCGGUGGAAGGGACGCCUGCUCGCCGGCCGAGCUCCCUAAACCAUCGACCCCAGUUCGCCAACUUACUCUCCAGCCCCGGCAAAGCGAUCAGUGAGGGCGGCGAGUCGCUGCCCGCUUUCAUGCGCCGGCCAGGUGGUGUGGGAUCCAUGGGUGCCAACGCACGCGCACCCGGCCCGGAUAGGGACUACCUCACGACAUGGACUAAGAAACAUAUCCCGGGACUGAACAUUGAAGGUCUUCCCUCCAUGUCAGUCAUGGGUUCGGAAACAGCACAGUUUGGCUUCAAGCCUGAGACGGCAGAGCUGGUGGAGGGCCAUAUCGGCGAAGGGCACGAUACCAAUUCCACGACUCAGCAGGGAAAUGGGCUAGACAAAGCUGCGGCUGCCGUUGAGACGUGGCUGAGAGGUGCUCUCACGAGAAACCCGAGUUUAAACCUGGCGGGCAUACGAGGCCAGUUGGGGGGCGAGGGCGACCUAAUAGAGUUGACAGACACGGGCAGCGAUGAUGGGAAGCCAGCCGGAGGAGCACCCUCCAGCAUGAUGGAGGCGCUAUCACUCGGUAGCAGCGGUCGAAGUGACGGGACUGGGACUGUCCGGGGCAGAACAGCUGGAUCUGGGGCCAAGAGAGCAGCACAAAUGCCCAUCUGCAUUGAGUGUCGGCAUCCCGUCAAGACGCUAUGGACGCAGUACUCGGGCGCCGGUGACAAGGCCAGCGGCCACAACAUCCGCCUGACCGUCUACCGCCAUCUCCUACACAACACAUUGAUGCGCGAUGGAGAUCGUUUAGAUCCCUCUGUCAUCCGGCUCGGGAUCCUGCUUCUACUAUUCGACGUAUACCUGACAUGGGCGCGCCUCGAGAAGCAGACGGCGCCGGAUGCUAUACCCGGUGAGAGCAACCUGGGCAAGCUGGCGCAGCAACCCAUUGUGCUCCAGUACAUGUUCUUCCUCAUAUUCUGCGCCCUCUCAACCGCCGCCUUCCACGUCAUCAUCCGCUUCCUCACCUCGUCGCCCUUCUCUCCGCUACACCUUGUCGGCAUCCUCCCGCGAUACCCCCGACCAAACUCCGUAUCUACCGCACUCCUCGUCUCCUCCUCCACCAAGCUGUUCCCCAUCCUCAUGGUCGUUUGGAAGUACGACGUCCCCGCCGCCGCUCGCUCCCUCGGUUGGGCCGUUGUGGCCAAUAACGUCGAGGCGUUGCGCAUACUUCUCGACUGCCGAUACUACGUAGCCUGCCUACUGGCCAUUGCGGGUGCCGCCGCACGCUGGGUCGUCGGCCGCGCUGUCCUGGGAGCCGCUGGACUGGCUGACGUUGACUCCAUCGGCGAGAGCAGCGUGGCGGCGGAUGGCAAGGCCCUGUGGGCGUUGUUGAUGUAUGCCAAGGAAUGGGCCGGUCGUCUUGCUGUAGGAUAA